UUUUGCUUGAGGGGCCUGAGAUGAUCCUCGAAUAAGGUCCUGCUCGUACAUCAAGUGAAAAAGAACCAAGGUUCGUCACAUUGUACUAACCAUCGUAUGCUUCUCCCGAUAAAAAUUCGCGGCCUAUAAGCUAGCCAUUGAAUAUUGUAUUCGCAGUGCUGCUUAAGCUCAGGUCUCAAGUUUUAGGAUAGCCCUUGAAUUAAGUUGUACUUGCACUAUUCCUAAGAAACACGACUGGAGUGCCACUCAGAACAUUAACAGGGGUAACGCCUUAAGCACUGGCUGGCAACCCACGCAACAAAACAGCGUCGUUUUCAAUAACAGCCGAUGACCAGAGCAGACAAGAUGUCGGUGGCGACAGUAUCGACUACGAUGGCAGUGUUGGCCUGUGUCGCAGUUCUCACUUCCUCCACCACCCUCGAUGCCAUGGACGUGAGCUACGAGGUGAAGGAGGACCUCCUGGAUGUGGACGUGGCUCUAGGACUCGACCAGGGCGUGGGUAUGGGCGUACGCUGUUUGGAAGGUCAGCCUAGAGGGGAAGAUGGUCAGAUGUACUGCCGGCCUCUCACGCCGCAGACCAGGCUACGGAUGAACAAGACGGCCAACAGUCUGCUGGUGCUGACGACAAAGCGGCAAGGUGGCGAUGCCCACAAGAGGUUUCUCAGAUCAGCCAAUGUUUAUGGAUACAAAGUCAAGGUCUUGGAUGAGGGGCAGGAGUCUGAAUUUAACGAUAAGCGACACCUUGAAUUACUGAAGGCUGAGUUUGAAGCCCUUGGUGAAGAUGACAAGAAGAUUGUCCUCUACACAGAAAGUGAGGAUGCCUUAUUUUCUGCUGGGCCUGUUCGGGUUGUGGAAGAAUUUGAAAGUUCUGGUGCUGACAUCUUAAUCUCCGCUGAUGGGUUCUGCUGGCCGGACCAAACCCUGGAGAGCAGCUUCCCAAGGGUGGAGCGUGGCAAGAGGUUUCUCAACUCUGGAGGUUUUGUGGGUCGUGCAAAAACCAUACACAAGCUGCUGUCAGAGGCCCCGGAAGAGGCCUCACUACAGCUUUUAUUGACCCAUAUCUAUGUGAAAGAUGCCACCAGGAACAAGUACAACAUCAAGCUGGAUCACCUUUCUACACUCUUCCAGAACCUCAAUGGUGCCACCGGUGAUGUAGAGCUAAGGUUUGCAGGCAAGGAAGCCUAUUUACAAAACACCCUGUACAACACGGUGCCUGUGGUGGUGCGAGGUAAUGAACGCACCAACCUUGUUCUUCACACAUUGGGAUCCUACCUUGCUCGCUCCUGGAAUCCUGAGGAUGGGUGCAGGUCAUGCUGGGAUGACAUGAUGAGUCUGGAUGAGAUGAAAGAGGAGGAGCUCCCGAAGGUGACGAUGGCAAUCUUUGUGGAAAAGCCCACACCAUUCCUGGAGGAGUUUUUGAUCAAAAUUAACAACUUGCUGUAUCCUUCGUCUAAAAUUGACCUCUUUGUCCACAAUGCAGUGGAGUACCAUGAGGAGAUGAUGAGUGGGUUCAUUGAGGCAGUGGGUGAGGAGUUUGCAUCAAUGAAGUAUAUAAAGCACGAUGAAAACAUCAAAGAAUGGCAUGCCCGGAAUGCCGCCAUUGACUACUGCAUAGAGCACGACUGCCAGUUUCUUUUCGUCAUUGACUCUGUGGCUCAGUUAAACAAUCCAUUUAUCCUCAAGCUGCUUAUUGAGCAGAACAGAGAGGUGGUGGCACCUAUGAUGAUUCGUCCCUACAAGGCAUGGAGCAACUUUUGGGGAGCCAUUACCAAUGAUGGAUUUUAUGCUCGCUCUAUGGACUAUAUGGAAAUUGUACAAAACAAGAGAAGAGGGCUGUGGAAUGUGCCAUACAUCAGCUCUUGUUACCUACUACGACGUUCUCUGUUUGAUGAUGCAGAUAGGCGACCCACCUUCAUUAAGAAUCUUCUCGACCCCGACAUGGCUUUAUGUGAAAACCUCCGAGAGAAGGGCAUCUUCAUGUAUGUCAGCAAUCGAGUAGACUUUGGUCAUCUGGUAAAUGCUGACAAGUUUGACACUUCACGUCUACAUAAUGAAUUGUGGGAAAUAUUUGACAACCGCUGGGACUGGGAACAGCGCUAUCUCCACCCUAAUUACACUCAUGUUCUUGCUGAGAAUACCACUGUUGAAAUGCCUUGUCCAGAUGUGUACUGGUUCCCACUCUUCAAGGAGCGCUAUGCCAAGGAGAUGAUUGAGGCUUUUGAAGACUAUGGUGGCUGGUCUGAUGGCACAAAUAAUGAUCCCCGACUAGAGGGUGGGUAUGAGUCGGUUCCCACCAUUGAUAUCCACAUGAAGCAGAUGGGUAUGGAAGAAGUGUGGCUUGAGGUCUUGCGAGUAUACAUGCAGCCUAUGCAGCUCAAGAUCUUCGAGGGAUAUAACAACGAUGUAGGACCCCCUCGUGCUAUCAUGAACUUCAUGGUUCGUUACAAACCCGAUGAGCAGCCUUUCCUCAGGCCGCACCACGAUACCUCCACCUACACAAUCAACGUUGCACUCAAUAAACCAAAAGUUGACUUUGAGGGUGGUGGUUGUAGAUUUGUGAGGUACAACUGCUCUGUCACCGAUUCUCGAGUGGGAUGGGUAUUAAUGCAUCCUGGACGCCUCACUCAUUUACACGAAGGUCUCCGCGUAACGAAAGGAACAAGAUAUAUUAUUGUCUCGUUUGUUGAUCCUUAAAUACAAAUUGCAUACUUGGUCAGUAACUUUAUGUCCAACUUAAGCCAAACAAAUUAAUUAGCAAAUACUGUAAUGUACGUACUGUAUACAGUAUGUGCACCAUGUAUGUAACAUACCAGACUUUCUCCCAGUUUCAUUGUGGUUGUUCAUUUGUAUUAGUGUUAAAUUAUUUCUGGGGGAGUCGUCUCUUUUUAGUUUUCCGAGCUAAGUUGGGUACCGCCAAGUCCAACCUACCAACCCUCUUAGAACCAUCCAUCACCUCCAGGAGGUGGGACCAGAUGUUAGCUCACUCUAUGAAUUCAGCUUUCGUCACACAUUCUGGUUGCCACCUGUGUCCCAGGACUGCCAGGUGUUUUCAAGCAUAUCUUGGUUUGUUUCUCUAUCUUGGAGAUUCCUCUAGACUCAUUUCUCUGAGUCUCUGGGAUGCCUCUUGGCCUGCCGUGUUCCUUCCUGAGGUUAGGGUUUGGAGUGUGACACCUCUCGUAUCACUUUGGGGUACCAUGUCUUAAUGGGUACAACAUUUGUACCCAUUAAUAAUAUACUUCAUUUAUACAUUAUUAAUAUGACAGCCCAUCCUCCUGUUUUGGUAGUGCUUAUAGUAACAAUGAGGACCAUAGUAUAUAUACUCGUUUGGGGCAGAAGGCCCCUGCCUUGCCUCCCUCGCACCCCGAUUGCAUCCCCACCUUCCUCCCCCUCCCUCCCUCGCCUGCCUCCUUCGCCUGCUUUCUUCUCUGCCUCCUUCGCCUGCUUUCUUCUCUGCCUCCCUGCCUGCCUCCCUUGCUCCCUGGGCUGCAAGAGUUAUGAGAAGUGGUGUACAACGAGUGUUAGGCCGGGCGUUUAACUUAUUUUUCUUUCAGUGGUAAAGAUUCACAUUUCAUAUUCAAUGGAUAAGUUGACCCCUGGUUUUGGAGAGAGAUUUUUAGGCUUCAAAUGUUGACUUAUAUGCUGGCAUAUACAGUACUUGUACCUGUAUCUUCAUUCUGGCCAACCUUAGUAACUGGCUACUUUAUUUGUUUGCCAGAGUUUUGAAUCUUUUCUAAUUUGACUCAUUGCUUCAGGUUCAGGCUGGACUGGGCCUGAUUUAGAUUGCCAGGCACGGGGCGUGCCUGACAAUCUAGACCAACCAAUCUACCCCAUUCCUCUCUCUCCAUCCCCCUUUCAUUAGUACUGUAGGGGCUGUGCUUCAGAGCUGUGGCUGGUGCUCGGGUGAUCUUAGCUCUGCCAUCAGGUUCUCAUGUCACCUUUGGGUGGCCUGACCAUCACCUGCAUGGUGUUCCCCACUGGGCUACAGCUAGUUGAGGGCACUUUCCUGUUUUCUCCAGUGACAUUUUCUCACCACUACAGUACUAGAGCUGUUAGUGCAUGCCAUAUUUUAUAUAUGGUAGAAGAUGUGUAAUUUAUUUCCUUGAAGACGAGUAAUUUUGAGUGUUUUUUGGGGGUUGGGUACCAUGAUGCUCUCCUUAUUUGUGGUCAGGAUAUUUUUUUGGCUUCGAAGUUGGAACUUUGAACUUUGCGGUGUCUGUCCACAACCACACCUCACUGCAAAUAAUUGCAGUGAGGGAUUUGCAGAGGCCACAAUGACACAUGCAUCUAUCUUACCUGGGACUUUGCGUAGGCUUCCCACCAUUCUUCUUUUUGGCAUCUGUCCUUUUGUUGCUAGGCAUUGGUGUAGCUCUUGUUACUUGGCCAGUUGCUGCAUCAACUGUUCUCUCCUCUUGGUUGGCUUUGCAGAACCUCUCUCACUGGUGUUUGGGAAGGAGAGGGUGUCCUAGCCUUUUUCUCUGGCUGACUUGGGCUUCCUUUGAUCUCCAACCAGGGGGCUUUUUACAUGCUCUGUUCACUGGCCGCAGGUGAGCAUUUUGACGCACUCCUUGCACUGUUGAUCUCGAGAGUCCCUGCUCUCUCUACUCAGUGGAAUGGGCUAGAUUCUAGUCCUGACUCCUGGUAGGCAACAGAUGGGUCUCGGAGGCAUGGUAGGUUGGGUUGAAGUGUGUUGGAACAACACCCAGAGUUAAGCUUGGGGAACUGCGAGGGGCACACCAGAAAAUGGCAUUUUAUUGCAUUCAAUACCAUAGUGUGAACUUUUAUUGCUAAAUUAAAAUAAAAUUAAGAUGUCUUUACAGUAUUGUUGUGGAAAUGUACAUUAAUUAAGGUUGUUAUUACACUUUGUUGUUCCUUUAUCAUGUAUAAUAUUUAUAAUAAAACUAAAAAAAUGUGAAAAA